GAAGAUGCAACGUGUUCGUUCAAUGGACGUCGCUGCAAAGCGCCAUUGGCGGGAGGGCGAGUAGUCGAAGUUAGUUCUGGUACGACCAGAAGGAGGCGCCCAUUCCCGCACCCUCAUUCAUAUCCGUAAUGGCCGCUGUCUAGCGUUGUUCGCUGAGUGCGUUCUCUUCGCGCGCGCGACGGAGAGAGCGCGAGAAAACGGGAAGGAGAGGGAGAAAAAUAGAGAGACAGAGAGAGAGAGAGAGAGAGAGAGAGAGAGAGGGAGAGGGAGAGCGUGAAAAGAAACUCCGGACGUGCCGUCGUGAAAAUUCAGUGCGCGCCGAUCAACGUCGCGUGGUGUGAAAGUGUUUGGUCGUCUUUAAAAACGUUCGUUAUUCUCUCGUGCAACGAAGGAUACACGAAAGAACGCACCAUCGCGAGGAUACUGUAGCGUCGUUGCAAUAGUAGCGGUUAGUACGCGCGAGGCACACGCCGAGAUUCUCCUUCUUUUCCGAGGUGGACCUAGUGCUUUGGAUGUGUGUACGUUUGGAUGUGAGUUGAGAGCUGGAGUGAGUUAGUGCGCGCGAGCGCAAAUGUGCCUAUGCGUUUGCCACUACUGGUGGUAGUGAGUAGUGUGUUUUUCUCGGUUGUACGAUUACUCGAGGAGGAGGAGGAGGAGGAGGACGACGACGACGACGACGACGAAGACGACGACGAAGACGACGACGAAGACGACGACGAAAACGAAAACGAAAACGAAGACGCGUCGACACCUCUCGCGUGGACGAGCGUCCUUCGUGAUUUUAUUUAGAAGAAGGAAGAAGAUAGCGGAUAGGUGAAAUUGAGACGACGCUUGUUCGUCGCCUUAAUCCUGAGUUAUCUCCUCGAGACGAAGAAGAGAGAGAGAGAGAGAGAGAGAGAGAGAGAGGGCAGAGUCUGUGCUAGACAGAAAAAAAUAGACGGAAGAAGGGUAUCGCGGUGUCGUCUCGAGUUAACUAGCGUCGUAAACGGAAGAGUGACAGCCCGGUUUGGACGAGGAAAAGGAGAGAAAAGGAUAGAAGGAAGGAAAGACGACGAGUCGGUGGACGUCGUCGAGACGAAGGAAACCCGUCGACGACUUUCGACGCUCACGCCGCCCCGCUACGAAUUCUCCACCGUGGUUCAAGGUCUUCUAAAAUCAUCCAAGUACGUGCAGUCGUCUACUGCCUGCCAAGGCUCCUCGAGAAGACGACGAAGAUUUCUCUUUGCGAGAAAAACGAUUCGCUUUUCUUCUUGAUUCCGCUGCGAUCUGGUGCACGACGACGGCGACGACGGCGACGACGAAGAAGAAGUUGACGGUGACUGUGAUGUUGAUGUCGAUGUCGAUGUCGAUGUCGAUGUCGAUGUCGAUGUUUACGUCAAAAAAAGAAUCGUCGAACGAACGUGCCUUGGAACGCGAAGAGAAGAAAUAACAGGAACAGGUACGAAAGGAACAGGAGAAUUUUGGAGGUUCUUCCAAAAAUCGAGAGAAGAGAACGUGUGCCAAUCGACGAGACAACAGAGUCUUCCCUUCCGAUCGUUUCGAACGAUCCUUCUUGAACGAUCGAUUGUGAUUUGAAAUCGUGAUUCCACUGCCAAAAGAGGAGACUUUCGAAGUUUCGAGAGAGACGGAGAAAGAUGCCAAGCCGUUAGAUUAGUUUAGAGAGUUCGCAUAACUUGGAAGUCUUCCCGAGGAAGCUGAGUCGUUGCUGAUUCGAAUCCGAGAAGAAUCGAUCUCUUCUAGUUCGUCGUUGACGUCGACGUCGAGGAGUAUCGUUUAUAUGGCAAUGCGGUACCAUCGUCGCCGAACUUUAUCGCGCAGGAACUAUUCUUCGUGCUACGCAGAGCGGAAGUCGCAAGAAUAACGCAGAGAGGAUGUUCGGGAAGGUGCCGUCCGGUAUCAAUUCGAACGCAGGCCCUGGACCGCCCCAUCAAAAUCCUAGCGUGAGCAAGGUCCCUUACGUCAGGCCAACGACUGGGGGGACGACGUGCCUUUCGUGUUACGAAGUACCGAGUAGUCAAUCUGGUACUUCCGAUGAGAAGGCAAAGUCUUGGUGCCCGGUGUUGUCCGAGUCAUCGCCGUGUAAUCCUUCUCAGGAUCGUUCCUUACCCCUGUCCACUUCGUCCUCCGUUACGGAGAUCAACGGAGCCACGAGAAACGAGCAACAAGCUUCGUUCUCGACGAACAGGAACCUGCAACUCGGCAAUAAAUCCUCGUCUUCCGUCAAGGACUCUACGAGGAUCCACAGAUGUUCUUCCAAUCCCAAUUGCCCCGGUCUAUCGAGUACAGCUACGAAAACGUCUAUCGGUUGUCUCUCGCCAAGAUCCCAAAGGAUUGCCAUCGGCUCUGCCUCGUCGAAUCUCGAGUCGAAACUGACGAGAAAACACUCGGUCGGUAGUCGAGAGUUCGCAACCGGCAGAGAGUCGUCCUCGUGCAAGUCCAACUUCAGAGACUCGGUUCAAUCGAAAAGCAACGAUGCUACCUCUCAAAGCGUCGACGAAGUUCCGAACGUCGUCGAGGACCUCGUCGAUCCUUCGGCGAUCCUGACGAGCGCUACUUCGACCGUUCAUCAAGCUCGAGCUACUCAAAAAUCUGCGUCUAGGUCGAACUCGACGGGCGAGAAUCCUUGUUGCUUCGAAAGAACGACGGAAAGAGGCGAGUCCAAGGAUCAUUAUCAUCAUCAUCAACACCAUCAUCACCAUCAUCAUCAUCAUCAUCGCAACAAUCUUGCUCGAACACCGGCCGAACUUUUGCAACAAAAUUGCAUCGACUUCGUCAUUCAGGAUUUACCGACCGAAUUGCAAUCCUCGCCGAGAAGUUACAAGGAUCGUGAAAAAACUCGUGACACUUGGAGACCGACCGAGAUGGAGGGAAAUUUGUGCGGACUGAACUCUUGUUCCGGUGACUCCUUCCAAGACGGUACCUCCACCAAGAGGAGAACCGGUGCAUCCUGUCAAGCCCUCAGGCACGCCGUUGCUUCCUUGAAUCGUCUCGAUGACUUUUACAUGGAGAAAAUUGGCGCUGGUUUCUUUUCCGAGGUGUACAAGGUUACGCACAAGGUAACCGGUCAGGUGAUGGUCCUAAAAAUGAACCAGCUGCCUGCAAACAGGCCGAACAUGUUGAAGGAGGUUCAACUUAUGAACAAGCUCAGCCAUCCGAACAUACUCAGGUUCAUGGGAGUCUGCGUUCACGAGGGUCAACUACAUGCCUUGACGGAAUACAUAAACGGUGGUAGUCUGGAGCAACUGAUAAUGUCACGGCAUACACCGUUGCCCCACCUGAUACGCAUGAAUCUUGCAAGAGACGUCGCACGUGGGAUGGCCUAUUUGCACAGUCGCGGCCUCUUUCAUCGCGAUCUAACUUCAAAGAACGUCCUCAUUAAGAAGGACGAGAAUACGACGGAGAUGACUGCCGUGGUCGGCGAUUUUGGAUUAGCAGCUAAGAUACCGGAUCCUAGUUCGGGUUAUAGACUGAGCACGGUCGGCAGUCCUUAUUGGAUGUCACCGGAAUGUUUGAAGGGUCAAUGGUACGAUCACAGAUCAGACGUCUUCUCAUUUGGUAUCGUUGUUUGCGAGCUGAUCGGUCGCGUUCCUGCUGAUCCAGACGUUCUACCACGCUCAGAUAACUUUGGCCUCGAUUAUCUGGCCGUGGCGGAGAUCUGUGCGGCUGCCGACCCACCACCUGCCUUCCUGCAGCUAGCCUUCGAUUGCUGUACCUACGAGCCUAAAUCGAGGCCAACUUUCCCAGAGAUCAUGUCCAGUCUCGACAGCAUGAUCGGCAAUUACGAGGAGGAAUCGAAAAACAACAUCGGUAACAGGCAAUCGGCCGAUCCAGCCCUGAUGUCGAGCAUGGACGAAAUCGUUCGGGAAGGUCGUACGAUGCGGCGUAGGACGGCUCGACUUAGAAGUCAAUCCGCCGACGCCAGAGGUUGCGACAACGCGACGCCAUCGGACAAAGCCAGAUGUCAUUCGUCGAGAAGAGUGGCUGAACUGGCCAGCCGAAGGGAUCCGCAUUACAGACCUAUGACAGCGAAUCCGUUUCACGCGUUGGGCGGCGUUAAGAAGAUCCUCGGGGACCUUUUUUCCAGUUGUUUGGAGUUACCGUCGCUCGAAGAUGUCAGGCCAAGCGUUACCGACGGCGUUGGCAAGUUCAAACCGGCGCAGAACGACAGUAUCGCCAAAAUCCUGGAUAGGAAGAAGCCUAAUUCGGAACCCAGCAGUCCUACGGCGAGAAAGAAGUGGGAAAGGAAGGUGGCUACGAAAGUCGGCGCGGCUAGUCUCUUCGCUCAUCCUCUCUUCCGAGAUGGCUGGGAACCAAGAAGACGAGGUAGCUGCGAAUCAGGGUUCUGGAGUUGCGUCGGGGAAGACCUCAGCCCUGAACCACCGAAUCGUCGACACACGUCGACCCUUAGCAGCUCCGCGGCCAGUAGUCUUUUCCUGUUGGACGAUCAUAGGACCAGUUCGAUAUACACGGAUUCUUCCGAAGACAUAGCCAGUCUUGGCGGCGGAGAUUCUUCCUGUUGGGAGGAUAGACUGAGCGGGAUUGGAUCGUCCAGUAAAACGAUUUCGAAGAUAGUCGAGUAUUUCGAGAGGAAACAGGCUACGGCAGGUAGCCUGAGACUUUGCGAUCACGAUUCGGUAGCUCCUAGUAGGAUGAGCUUGUUGAGAGCGAGCUUGGAGGGUCCAGUUCCGUUGUGCAGUAUUUCGGCAGCUCAGAGGCUAGUCGUGUGCGAGGGAGCCGUUCGUAGCAAAUUGCCCCUUUUCGAUAAGAAAUGAUCGAGUCCGUUGAAACGCGAGACCUUCGUUACUUAGAGUUUCUUAUUUUCGAAGAUACUUCCACGAUAUAUCCGCCUUCCGCGUGUUUCGGAGGAAGGAACUUUUCAAGUAGCUCGAGCACGUUCCGUUGCGCAUAAUAGGUGUCGCUGAAGACGAUUAAGGAAAAGAUCAAACGAGAAGUAUCCCGGUGGGAUAGUACGUUUGCAUCGUGUCUCAAAUACUGAAAUCUAGGAACCCGACUGUGAUGUUUUUGAUAAUCUACAUAAAAAUACCGCGAACGUGACCACUCGAGUUUCGAUACAAAGAAGAAUGGAGAGUAUCGAUCCGGCGCCGGAGAUCUCUUACGCGCAACACUAGGCUCCUUUCUAAACUCUUUCGAUCAUACGUGAUACGUCUGUUUCCCGUUCGGAUCGAUCGAUAAUCUUUUCGUCGUUCGUCUAAACAAAAUUGCAAUCGGUGGCCUAAUUUUCUUUUCCUCGAAAUUUCCUUCGUUCGGAGAUUUAUGCGAUUCUGAUAAUAUUCUCUAAUAUCGUUCGUUCGUAGUAAACCUUAGACGCACACUGAUCGACUAUGAACGCAACAGAAUUGUACCUUUGCGAAACAUUUGCACGUUUGACCAGACGUACACCGUAUAUACAUAUCCAUGUUCGAGGAAAGAAAGGACAAAGCAAUAGAAACGUUUCGUUGAAAUAACGGAGAUCAGUGCGACAGGGAGGAGCACUGUUCGCGCCCUUAUCUUUUUGCAGUGCCUCGCAGUUCCUAGUAUAUAUCCAUUUCCGUCCUUCCGCACGUAUGCAGAUCCAGACCGUUUGAACCUUUAGAAGAAGGGGCGAUAACACCGGAUCGGUAAUUGAGCUUCCUAGAUCGCGUAUAUAAUUGAUCGUUAAAUCGCCUAGAUCGAUUGAAAGGAUCGAAAGAAGGAUCGCAUUAGGAGUCUCUGCGAGCGUUAUUUAACUCCUUAACUUAAAGAAGAAGGAACGAUUGUUCGAACAAACGAAAGAGAAAAGAAAUUUUACAAUGUACAUACAUUAUAUAUAUAUAUAUAUAUAUGUAUGUAUGUAUACACACACACAUAUAUAUAUAUACACAUACAUGCAUAGAUAGACGAUCGCGUGUUUCUUCGAUUUUCAAAGAGAACUUCGCCAGGGCCUAAGUUCUUUCCCGUACUUCCGCGAAUGAGUCUCGGCAAAAAGAUUCGUCCAAAUUCGACGAAAGUCGAUAGUCGAGACUCGUCGAUCUUUUUGUGCCCGAUCGUUAAAAUAGUAAGAUAUAUCCAUAGAUUAGUAUACUCAGGACGAGAGAACGGAAGAUACACACAUAUAUAUAUAUAUAUACGUGCAUAUAUAUAUAUAUAUGUAUAUAUAUACAUACUAUAUUUUGUUGGCGGGAAAAUCCGUGUCCUGAAUAUUUUUGUUGAAAGGUGAAAAAAGAACGAGUGAAUGAAAACGAAUGAAUGAAUCG